AUGUUCGUCUCGGAUCUGCUCAAUUACAUGCGCGACAACUAUUGUGUGGACAAUUUCAGGAUUUACGCCACAGGAAAGUCGAGCGGUGGAGGAUUGGUCGACGAGCUUGCCUGCUCUCCUGGCCAUGGCGGAGAUUUCACCGCUUUCGCCAUGGGUGCUGCGGUGAUAUACACUGAAGCUGAUGGCUCAGGCUGUACACCAGCCCGCUCGCCCAUGCCCAUCCUCGAGCUACACGGUACCAAUGAUAGCACGGCCAACUAUAACGGCGAUACCUCGCACGGGGCACCACUUCCCAGCAUCCGCAGUGUGUUCAGAACUUGGGCGACUCGCAAUGGAUAUGGUCCCUCCCCGGUCCCCGUAAUCGAUCAGCUGCAGAGCAACAAGGCCUAUUACACACAAUACGACUGCGGAGCGAAAGUCAGCGUGGUAGUGGGAUACAACGUGACAGGUCAAGGCCACGACUGGAUCAGCACUCAAUACAAAGCUGACAACCAAGGAGAGCACUGCGCCAAUUGA